CUUCGGUCAGUCUUUAUCUUCCGGGACAGACACAAUUGCCCCAUAAUCGCAGGCGACAUGACGGACGAAGGCGUUUGGGUUAAAAGACCUGCACGCCCGGUGGGCUGGGUUCAGCAUCGAUUGAUGGUUGUUGAAUGCAGGCUUUGAGUUGAACAGAACCUCACAGCGUACCCUUGCCCACCAUGACAGCCAACGUGGCCACAGAGCAGCAGAUGCGGCCUGAAGCCUCAAACACCGAUGGCGAACAUAGUAUACCAGACGAUGGCAUGGCCAGCAGAGUUCUUCGCAAGAUUGACAGGAAUCUGAUACCGGUCCUUUUUGUCACUUACAUGUUCAAUUUUAUGGACAAGACUAUCCUCUCUAGCGCCUCGGUCUUCGGACUCAAGGAAGACAACAAACUCCAGGGCCAGGACUACAGCUGGGUGUCAUCAGUCUUCUACUUUGGCUACUUCAUGUGGACGUGGCCGACGUCCCUGCUCAUCGCUCGCCUCCCGGUGGCCAAGUACAUGACGGCUAAUACCCUGUUCUGGGGCGCGGCGGUGGCCAUGACGGCGGCAUGCAGCAACUAUGGUGGUCUCCUGACCGUCCGCUUCUUCCUCGGGGUCGCCGAGGCGACCAUUACGCCCGCCUUCAUGUUCCUCACCUCGACGUGGUACACGCGCGAUGAGAUACCCUUCCGGACCGGAAUCUGGUUCUCGGGCAACUCGGUAGGCGGGAUGUUUGCCUCCCUGAUAGCCUUUGGCAUCGGCCACAUUGACGACCACGUCGGCCCCUGGCGGUGGAUGUACAUAGUCCUGGGCUGUUCGACUUUCCUCUGGGCGUCGGCCAUCUUUUACUUUUUGCCCGACCGCAUCUCGAGCGCGCGGUUCCUCACCAAGGAGGAGCGCGAAUUCGCGCGGGACCGCGUGGUGGUGGCCGGCACGGGCCGCACGGACAAGACGGUCUGGCGCUGGGACCAGUUCGCCGAGUGCCUGGCGGACCCCAAGACGUGGCUCUUCUUCUGCAUGGAGCUGGCGUCGCAGAUGCCCAACGGCGGCACGCAAAACUUUGCCAACCUCGUCAUCCGCUCCUUUGGCUUCACGCCGCUGCAGACCACGCUCAUCAACAUCCCCUACUCGCUGCUCGCCGCGUCAUGGAUCGCCGGCACUGGUUGGCUGGCCGGCCGCCACCGCCGUGCAAACUGCCUCCUCAUCGUCGCCGUCGUGCUGCCCUGCAUCGCCGGCGCAUCGGUCAUCUACUCGCGCGCCAGCACCCCCCGCGCGGCGCACAUGGUGGGGUACUUUUUGCUCGCCUCGGGCCCGGCCGCCAUGCCGCUGGCCAUGUCGCUCGUCCAGGCCAACUACAGGGGCGUCACCAAGAAGAUGACGGUGACGGCCAUGCUCUUCGUCGCCUACUGCGCCGGCAACAUUGCGGGCCCGCACCUGUUCCGCGCCGACGACGCCCCAGCCUACAACUCUGCCUUCCUCGCCAUCAUGCUGUGCUACGCCGUCGUCGUCUGCCUGGCCCUGAGCCUGAGGUUCUACCUGAACGCCGCGAACAAGCGCCGCGCGGCCGAGGAAGGGUUCGAGGGCGACUCGGGCGUCGCGGGUGCCGUCGGCGGAGUCGACGUCGCCAAGACCACCGGUAGUGGUGGUGGUACCGGUGGAGUGGGGGAUCUGGGGCGCAUGGUCAACGAGGUUGAGCUCCGGCCUGAGGACUACGAGGAUGUGACGGACUGGAAGAUGGUCGGCUUCCGGUACAGGCUGUGAGAUGUCGGAGGGUAGCUCGCCGUAUAUCGCCAAGGAGUUGCAUGUGACACACAACACGCGAAUCCAUUUAAUGUGCGGAGAUGGUAUUACUCCACAAAGGGGACAAACCACUGGGCGCAGACAGCGUUCCGUUUACUGCGGGUUUGCACAUCACACCUACCAUGAGCGCGCGAAAACUUCUCGGACCUUGGUUGACCCUUUGAUGAGAAUGUUUCUGUGCAAGGUUUCCAAACACUACGAUCACAUCCCCGUCCCCAGCGGGCGGUCGAUUUUGAACCGAAAAAAGUUGUGCUUGUGAUGGUUUCCAGAGUGAAAUGCCGCCAUGUUUCGACCCAGAGAUGCGCGAGACUUUGUUCCUCAAGGAUUAAGAUGUGAUUAUGUGACAAGUCCCCUUGCGCCCUUGUCGGUGCAGCUGAAUCCUCGAAAACGUUUGUUCCGAGUCGAUCUCGGGUCGUUUUGUUCACACGGGUGAAACAGGGCGCCUCCGCAGCGGCUGGUUUCCAAAUCAUGCACCGGCUUCCUGGCUGCAUUUGCCUAGGGGGCUGGAAUUUAUUAUCUAUCGUUUUUACUAUAGUAAAGGACUUGCACAAACGUUCAUAGGUCGCUUUUAAAGGGCGGGUCAAACGGCGGUCCGGCCCGCGAGAGCAGCCAACCACUUGGUAAUGAAUAGGAUCUAGCCUGUCUGCCACCGUAAAAACAAUACGAGGACUUGGAUUGUCAACAUCAUUAAUUCUGUAUGCAAUUUGCUGGUGCUCUUUUAUUCCAUGUCCCAUGAUUUUAAUCGAACCUCUUUCUUCCACCUCAAGGUUUAUAAUUUUAUUCCCAAAGCGAGCUAAUGUUGUCGUUUGCAAUCAACCCAAUAUGUCAAGCAUCUACUUUACUGCCACCAAUUCAGGCAAUCAGGAAGAUUUUUUUUGUUUGGCUCAUAGCAAUUGACAGCUGUAUAU